GGUGGCGGGCGGUCGGGUCGCGCGUGCUGAUUCUUCAUCUGUUGCUCUCGGCUCGGCAGCAGUUGGCGGCGGGAGAUCAUGGUGCUGAACGAACUGUGGGCCGCGCUCUCUGGAGCCUCCGGGGCUGCCCUGGCCUGCUGCUUGGUGGCGGCGGCCGUGGCCCUGCGCUGGUCCGGGCGCCGGAAUGCGCGGGGCGCGGCGGCCCGGGCCCGACAGAGUCAGCGAGCAGGCCUGGAGACCAUGGCCAAGGCGGCGCAGCGAUUCCGGCUCCAGAAUCCUGACCUGGACUCGGAGGCGCUGCUGGCCCUGCCCCUGCCUCAGCUGGUGCAGAAGUUACACAGUGGGGAGCUGUCCCCUGAGGCUGCCCUCUUCACCUAUGUGGGAAAGGCCUGGGAAGUGAACAAAAGGACCAACUGUGUGACCUCCUACCUGGCUGACUGUGAGACUCAGCUGUCCCAGGCCCCAAGGCAGGGGCUACUGUAUGGCGUCCCUGUAAGCCUCAAGGAGUGCUUCGGCUACAAGGACCAGGACUCGACACUGGGCUUGAGCCUGAACGAGGGAGUGCCAGCAGAGUGCGACUGCGUGGUGGUGCAGGUGCUGAAGCUGCAGGGCGCCGUGCCCUUCGUGCACACCAACGUGCCCCAAUCCAUGCUGAGCUAUGACUGCAGUAACCCCCUCUUUGGCCCGACCGUGAACCCAUGGAAGUCCUCCAAGAGCCCAGGUGGCUCCUCAGGGGGUGAGGGGGCCCUCAUUGGGUCUGGAGGCUCCCCCUUGGGCUUAGGCACUGACAUCGGAGGCAGCAUCCGCUUCCCUUCUGCCUUCUGCGGCAUCUGCGGCCUCAAGCCCACAGCGAACCGCCUCAGCCGGAGUGGCCUGAAGGGUUGUGUCUAUGGACAGGUGGCAGUGCCCUUCUCCAUCGGCCCCAUAGCCCGGGAUGUGGAGAGCCUGGCACUGUGCCUACGAGCCCUGCUGUGUGAGGACAUGUUCCGCUUGGACCCCACUGUGCCCCCCCUGCCCUUCAGGGAAGAGGUCUAUAGAAGCUCUCUGCCUCUGCGUGUAGGGUACUAUGAGACUGACAACUAUACCAUGCCCACUCCAGCCAUGAAGCGGGCCCUGCUGGAGACCAAGAAGAGCCUUGAGGCUGCUGGCCACACGCUGGUUCCUUUCUUGCCAAGCAACAUUCCCUAUGCUCUGGAGACCCUGUCAACAGGUGGGCUGUUCAGUGACGGUGGCCACAGCUUCCUGCAGAACUUCAAAGGUGAUUUCGUGGAUCCCUGCUUGGGUGACCUGAUCUUAAUUCUGAAGCUGCCUAAUUGGCUUAAAGGACUGCUGGCCUUCCUACUGAAGCCCCUGCUCCCAAGGCUGGCAUCCUUUCUCAGCAACCUGAAGUCACGGUCGGCUGGAAAACUCUGGGAACUGCAUCAUGAAAUCGAGGUGUACCGCAACACCAUGAUUGCUCAGUGGAGAACACUGAACCUGGAUGUAGUGCUGGCCCCCAUGCUGGGCCCUGCUUUGGACUUGAAUGCCGCAGGCAAGGCCACAGGGGCUAUCAGCUACACUGUGCUCUACAACUGCCUGGACUUCCCUGCGGGGGUGGUGCCUGUCACCACAGUGACCGUGGAGGACGAGGCCCAGAUGGAACAUUACCGGGGCUGCUUUGGGGAUAUCUGGGACAAGGUGCUGAGGAAGGCCACAAAGAACAGUGUGGGCCUGCCUGUGGCUGUGCAGUGCGUGGCUCUGCCCUGGCAGGAGGAGUUGUGUCUGCGCUUCAUGCGGGAGGUGGAGCAGCUGAUGACCCCUGAGAAGCAUCCGUCCUGACGGCCCCGUCGGGCUGGCUCUGGAGGACCUGAGACCCCCAUGCUCUGUGGCCCAGCCUAGUCAGGGCACAACUGUCACCCUGUGAGGAGAUGUUCAGCAUGGGGCAGAGGCUUCCAUGUACUCUCCCUCAAAUGCUGCAAGAAGUGCAGACCCCCGAGUCUGGACCCUGCUUUCCCUCUGGUCCCCGCUGCCCUGAUCCCCUAACCCCGAUGUGGCAGCCAAUGGGUAUGACAUGGGCCAAAGCCCA